AGUCCUGACGGGUGUCACAGCUCUAGUGGUUGGGAAACACACCCGUGUGGAGCGCGCACUGGAGACAAAAAAGGCGCAUCUCGGACAAAGGAAAUAUGGGUGCGCUGGAGAGGAUUCACCUCAGCCGGGUAACAGAAUGGAUGAGCUGCUUCUGUUUCAUUUAGCGGGAGACCAAUUAGCCCACCUUAAUGAGGUGCUGGGAUGCAAGAUACUGCAAGCUAAAAAGGCGGAAGGCUGCGUUUAAUCCGUCUGCGGAUCCUAUAAGCUUGCAAUGGCUGUGGCGGGGAUAUGCAAUUGGAUAGGGAAUAAUGUGCCUUUUUAUUUUGUGACGUUUUUCGUAUUUUGUGGCCUUUCGUUUGGACAAUUGCGGUAUUCUAUUACAGAGGAACUGGAAAAUGGGGCACUGGUCGGUGAUCUGGCGCAUGACUUGGGGCUGGAUAUUCGAAAGCUCGCCACCCGAAAAAUUAAGGUAACCUCCAACAGCGGUAAACGCUAUGUGUUUGUCAACCCCAAAAAUGGGAAAUUGCUUGUCAAUGAAAGGAUCGACAGGGAGGUACUGUGCGAUUUAUCUAGCACCUGCCUCCUUAAUCUGGAGGUGUUGGUCGAAAACCCCACUGAGGUACAUCAUGUCGAGGUGGAGAUUGUGGAUGCCAAUGAUAAUGCGCCGCAGUUCCCCAGGGACGAGUAUCAACUAGAAAUCUCAGAAUCUGCUUUACCGGGGUCUCGUUACCCAAUUGAAAACGCUCAGGACCCAGACAUUGGGUCCAAUUCAGUUCGCAUAUAUCAGCUUAGCACAAACGACCAUUUUGCGCUGGUAUCUAACAAACCCUCCCUAAACAUAAAGCACAUCGAGCUUGUGCUCAAAAAGCCCCUUGACCGUGAACAGACGCCUUACCACCAAUUAAUUCUAAGUGCUGUGGAUGGUGGGACACCAGAGAAAACAGGCACGGCUAAAAUUAAUGUCCGUGUCUUGGACUCAAAUGACAAUGUUCCUUUGUUUGACAGCUCAGUGUACAAGGUAAAAUUGUUGGAAAAUUCCCCCAAAGACACCCUGGUAAUUAAGCUGAAUGCAACUGAUCUGGAUGAGGGCACAAAUGGAGAAGUUUAUUACUCUUUCAGCAGCUACACUCCAGAGAGAGUGAGACAGAUGUUCAGCAUGGACACAAAUACAGGAGAAAUAAGAGUGAGGAGCAAUGUUGACUAUGAAGAGACCAACUCCUAUGAGAUGUACAUUCAGGCAAUGGAUAAGGGACCUGGAGCUGUGGCAGCACACUGUAAGGUAGUGGUAGAGGUGGUGGAUGUGAAUGACAAUGUCCCUCAGAUAGUGCUGUCAUCUCUGUCGAGCCCUGUGAGGGAGGAUGCCCGUGCAGACACAGUUGUGGCUCUCAUUAGUGUUACUGAUCGAGACUCUGGAGCUAACAAGCAGGUGAGCUUAGAGAUCCCAGCAGGCCUUCCGUUCAAGAUCAAGUCAUUCAGAAAUUACUACACUCUGGUUACCUCAGCCUUCCUGGACCGCGAGACCACCGAUGCCUACAAUGUCACUCUGAGUGCCACAGAUGGAGGAAAUCCUCCCCUAUCCUCUCAGAAGACCAUACAGGUGGAUGUGGCUGAUGUUAAUGACAACCCACCACGGUUUGAGCAGACUUCUUAUACAGUCUAUGUAGCUGAGAACAAUGCCCCCGGUGCCUCUUUGUGUACUGUGAAAGCUCAAGAUGCGGACAUCAAAGAGAAUGCACGUAUCACCUACACAGUGCUCAAUGACAAUAAUCAUGGCAUCCCUGUCACCUCGUAUGUGUCUGUGAAGGCCGAUACAGGGGAGGCUUACGCCCUGAGAGCCUUUGACUAUGAAUCACUGAGAGAGUUUCACUUCCAGGUCAAAGCCCAAGAUGGGGGCAUUCCUCCACUCAGCCGCGUCGCCACUGUGUACAUCUACAUAAUGGAUCAGAAUGACCAUGCACCGCUGAUAGUCAGUCCUCCCGGCAAUGGCACACGCUCACUGGAGACUGUGCAAAAAAAUGCAGAGCCUGGUGCCUUGGUGACCAAAGUGGUAGCAUAUGAUGCAGAUGCUGGUCCAAAUGCCUGGCUGGUGUAUGUGCUAGAGACUGCCACUGACCUGGACUUGUUCAAAGUCCACGAACACACCGGUGAGAUCAGAACCACUCGGAGGAUCCUGGAGGACAACUCCACCUCUUUUACCCUAACUGUCUUGGUGAAGGACCAUGGGCAGCCUACUCUCUCCUCCACCGCCACCAUCAAUGUGGCUGUCAUGGAGGUUCCACCUAAAGUGGUUUCUGAUCCCAAGAGGAUCAUCCGACCUCACAGCACACUGCUUUUCUCCAAUGUGACCCUCUAUUUGAUUGUGGCUUUGAGUGCCACCACCUUUGUUUUCCUGGUAACUGUGGUGGUGCUGGCCAUUGUCCGCUGUCACGCCUACUGCACCCAGCCUGGGUCUUGCUCCCCUUGCUGUGUGUCACAGAAGCCCCCUCCAGAUGGUGGGAGCAGCAGUGUAAGUGCUGGUGGGGGAGGCAGUGGUGCAGCCGGGGCACAACCAAAUAACAAUGUGGUGCUACGGAGAGACCUUAAAGUGGAGCCUCAUUACAUCGAAGUGCGUGGGAAUGGCUCACUAACAAAGACUUACUGCUACAAGACCUGCCUGACAGCUACCUCUGGCAGUGACACUUUCAUGUUCUACAACACAGGACGUCCAAUCAGUGGCACCUGGGGCAGCGGUGCGGACCGCUUCUUCACCAGUGGAAGUGGAUUUGUACGCAGACUGAGUAUGCCUGAUGCCUCACUGCAAAUCUGCCCAGAGCCAAAAGCCCAGAAUGCUGACUGGCGAUAUUCUGCAUCUUUGAGGGCAGGGGUGCAGAGUUCGGUUCGCAUGGAGGAGGCCUCUGUGAUGCAGGGAGCCCAGGGGAUGCUCGUCCAGAACUGGCCCACUGUUUCUAGUGCUGCAGAUGGAGAAGGUGGUGGAGAACUUUCACCCCCAGUCGGUGCUGGAGUCAACUGCAACAGCUGGCAAUUCAGAUACGGUGCUGGACCAGGCUACGGUCCUCCUCAGCCCCUGAAGCCUGGAGAGAUUCCUCCCGAAGCCUUUAUCAUCCCCGGAUCCCCAGCCAUCAUUUCUAUCCGCCAUGACGCCGGCCCUGUGGAUGACAAGGGUGACUUCAUAAGCUUUGGCAAGAAGGAUGAGGCAAAGAAGAAAAAAAAGAAGAAGAAGGACAAGAAGGACAAAAAGGAGAAAGGAAAAGAUGACGGGGAAGAAUAGAGGAGAAGGGGUGAUUUGAAAACAGAGCUACCAACAAAUUAUCAUCCCAAUUUCAGAGCCAGAAAAAAGCCAAAUGCAUAUUGUAGAACUGAGGGAGCCUCCUUGCAUCAUAUUUACAUAGACAUUUUAAAGUGGCCAAACCCUCAUUAAUUCAGACCUGGCUCCCCACACCGUUCGAACUUGCUAAACAUGUUUCUCUCUCUUUUUUUGGCCCAUAACUUUGGUCUGUGGUUUAUAGUAAAGAAAUGUUCUCAGUAGUUACACAUCUAAAGGCUGGACUAAAAUAAGACCGAAAGUUAGAUUAGCCUUUCGCUCCAGUUUGUCUAAUAACAGAGAGAAACACCUGAAAAGGUGUACAAUUUGUAAUUUGUAUCUGACCAUUGUCAGCUGAAGCUACCUGCGUUGGCAUCUCUGUCUUUAUGCAGCUCCCUUCCUCUUUGGCUCACCUGAUUGGAGGUGAAGUGAAAGCCAAACUAAAAAAAAAAAAAACAAAUAAAAAACCAUAAACAGCGACUUUUGUCUUCAGUAUUAUGGAGGCCUUGUAGAAAAUCAAAACAUUUGGUUUUGUAAAAAAAAUAAAAAAUAAAAAAGUAACAACAUACAGUAUAUGUAUCAUAAGAUUAACGCCUUUAAGACGAUGAGGUGGCCAAAACAAGCAGGACCACACUCGAAAAAAGAGCUCUGUUUCAGUGUAACAUAACACAUCACAGAGGCUGAGGCCCUGGACUGGGUUGCACCAACUAUACGCAAGUUUGUUCCCAGGUUAGGGUAUAAAGUAAUGGCUUCAUAUCUGCUAAUUAAUUUACAAUUAGCAAGUAACUAAUCAUGGGUAGUUAGAAAGGAAUUCUAUCUUGUUAUAGGAUUAAGAUUUGAGAUGGGUAGUUAAUCAGUCAGAGUACUAUCUGAUGGAUACAAAGAUUUAUAGUUGACUACAUUAGCAUAAAAAUUAUACUUGGUAAUUCUAUAGUUGAUUCUUAAAGGGCAGUACUAGUUUUUGCAUGUUUUAGUCCAUUCUCUACAAAUCACAUUGUAACUAACAGCACUAAUAACAUUUUCCAAAGCUCACCAUUGGUGCUUUUGAAAAUUGUGAUGCAUUUUCUUCCAUGAAGCUAUUGCUUUUUCUACUAAAGCACAAAAAUAAAUUAGCUGAUCCUGGAAACUAUUUCACACUAAGAAAUACAUCAAAGUGGAUAUGUUGUCUGGUUUAAUUCUUGUUACAUUUUGAUUACAUUCUAAUGUAGCUUGAGCACAGGUCCAUUUGAAAACUGUGACAUAACUUUGGCUAAACUAAACACAGAUUAUGGAUUACAUGCAUUAAACAAGCCUCAAGCAUGUUGAUUUUAACACAAUGUGGAUUGAACAUGAACCCGACUCUGCUUGAAAAAAGGAAAGGCACAAUGAUAAAUAAAAAAAGCCAUGAGGAUACUAGCCCUCAGACAUGUGCAAUGUGUAGAGAAAAUGGACAGAAAUAUUCAAAAUUACUGCUAUAGUCCUCCAGGUUGCAAAAUGGCAUGCAACUACUAAAUAGAGAACAUGUUGUGUGCAGGAAAAAAGGGGGGAAAAUCCUGCUUUACUGUUAGUGAGUGCAAUUGUGUGACUUUGUAUCAUUUGCACCUGCUUUACUGCUUGCUUAGCUACUUAGUUGUUACUUGAGGUUAUGUUGUAACAGAAUUUUGUGGUACUACCGAUUAUAUUUUAGCAAUGCGUGAAAUGGGACUAGUGGCUAUUUUGGAUAUAACUAGGGGAACCUACAUGCAGCUGAUGCAACUGGUCCCUGACCUUGCCUCGUUGCCUGGGAUAUGGCACAGGUCAAUGGGGUCUGAAUCCCACUGUGUAUUAGCAUAACUAGUCAGACACACAUUAUACAUGCAGACAACACUGACUCUCUUGUUGCCUCUUGCUCAUACAUACACAUGAGCAAACACAUACUGUCUCUUUGUUUCUUACACACAGACAUACAAUAUACAAAUACACAAACUAUACAAAUAUACAAAAAAAAGAAUGUGCAACUCUUUCUGUAAAGUUCAACUCCAUGACUGAAGAUGAAUGCCACCCUUUAUAUGGGAGUGUAUUAUAUGGCUGGGAUGCAGGAAAGUUGCUUGUUGCUUAAGUUCUGUUGAUGCCUGAUUCCUCUACUUCUGUCUUUGAAUGUUAAGUAGUUGUUUUUCAAGCCCUGCACCACUGCCUCCACCACUUCAGUGCUUGUAGGAUUUGCUUGCCAAUUCCCCGUUUCCUCCCGUUAACUUCUGUUUCUUCAGAUCAACAUGGUUGGACAAUAUAUUUCAGGUCACUCUCUUGCAGUGAACUGUGUAGUUGUAACACAGCAACAUUUGUGUGUUUGCAUAUUUAUACACAACAUACACAUACAGACACAUGCACAUAUGCUACACACACACCACAGCAUCUUUUGUAACUGAGUUUAGGUGCUUCAACCAGAGUGUAUCCUAUGAUUUCUCCUUGUUGACAACUUUGUCAUCUCUCACAUUGGUUCUCCACAUUGCAUUGUAAGGGCAUCUGACAAGUUAGCAAGAACUGAGAAGAUGUUGUGCUGGUUAUAAUUAGACAAGAUUAAGGGGAUAAAAAAAAAGUCAUAAAAAAGGAGGUCAUUGUAGUAUGUGGUGUGUCACUCCAGUGUAGAAGAUAAAGAAACUACUGUGAGUUAUUUUCCCUUUGGUAUGAAAAGUGGUAUUCCAUUUAUUUUUGUGUCAGUUGUGGUCAACUAAAUCCACUUAUAAAAUAAGUGUGGUGCAGUUCAGCAGCAAUAGAAACAGGCUGACUUGGACGGGGGAAUCCUGAUUUUGGUUGUAGUCCAACAUUGAGCAGUAACAAUGUGAAAGAAGAUACCAGAAACCAAGUAAAGAUUAAAAAAAGUUGCAGCUGCCAAGACCUUAAAAUUGUGCUUUUUUCCUUAAUUCCUACAAAUAAACAUUGGAAACAGUGCUGCAAUGUCAAAGAAAUGUGCACAAGUUGCAGUGACCCAAGUGCGAACUGUGUGAACUGAUCAACUUUAGCUCUUUGACCCUGAUAUUGUGAAACCCACAUGUAGUAUGGUAGAGAGCGGGUGCUAGAUACUGAAAUAGUAUCAACAUGAUGAAAAGUGUCAUACAGUUUUUUAAACUGUAUCAUAUUGUAAUCAUGAUCAUAUUGCCAGUCACAGUAGGGGUGUAUAGGUGCUGCUAUCAGGCUCAGUCCCUCCAUUGCACAUGUUGCCUUCCCCUUGUCCCAUCUUUCAUGUGUACUUCUGUGCUGUCAGAUCACCAAGUGGCUGUUUGCAUGUUAUAAGCAAAGGAAACAGAUACUAUAUAGAUACUAUAUAUAUAUACAUAGAUAUGUUUUUCUGCUGGGAAAUGCUUAUUGGAAUACACGUUCCCAAAAACAAUACACAAACUGAAAGACCCACACUCAUCCAUACACACACACACGCAUAAAUACAUGCAUACAAAUAUGCCAUUGCAAACAGUAAUUUGUGGAAAAAACUCAAAUAAUCACUUUUUUUUAUUCAGCUGAAAAUGAAUUUAAUCUUCUAGAUAUACAUAAUGCUAUUGUGUUAUGCUAUGAAAUGCCUUUUUCAGUUUUUACCUUUAUGAUUUUCAUAGAUAAGAAAAACAAUCCUUAAACUUGUGUUAAGCUUUGAAAUGAUGAGCAAGCAAACACUGUUGUGAAAUCCAAUCAUUUACUCACCCUCCAUAUCUGAUCCUUGCCCAGUAGAGAAAAAAAAAUCAAAAAAGAAGGAAAAAAUAAUAAAACAUGUAAAAGGUGUUUCAAAAAA